GUUUACGCUUAUGUGAUCAGUGUUAAAUUCAUAUAGUUAAUCAAUCACUCCUAGAUAGCAGGGUUCAAGGUUCAUUACCUCCUCAGUGAUAUUAGUGCAAAGCUAAGGUUAGAUUUCAAUUUUCAUGUCAUUGAGUAUCAUUAACAUAAGUUACGCGCGGCCGUAGUGUCGUCUAAAGUGUGAGAUACAAUGAGUAAUUUGGAAGCUGCUUUCCACGACAUAUUUGAGAAUAUUUCUGUUUUGCCGAUUAUAGCUGGUGUGGGUGCCGGUGUAGUUGCUAUAACGGUUGUUGCAAACUGUGUAUGGGGAAAGAAGACAAAUGCUUCAUCUCAGAAGAAAAAUCCCAUUACUUUAGUAGACAACACUGUCAAAUAUCCUUUGCCAUUAAUAGAGCGGCAAGAAUUAAGUCAUGACACAAGGAGAUUCCGAUUUGGAUUACCCACUUCUGAUCAUGUUCUAGGAUUGCCUAUUGGUCAGCACAUUCACCUUUCGGUUAGAAUCAACGAUGAACUUGUUGUGAGAGCUUAUACACCUGUCUCCAGUGAUAAAGAGAAGGGCUAUGUUGAUCUGGUUAUUAAGGUGUACUUCAAAAAUGUCCACCCUAAGUUCCCCGAUGGUGGUAAAAUGUCACAGCAUUUGGAAAGUAUGAAAAUUGGUGACACCAUUGAUGUGAGAGGUCCAUCAGGAAGAUUGGUAUAUAUUGGCAAUGGCACUUUCCACAUCAAGAAGCAAGUAAAAGGUCCGCCAACUCCAGUUAGUGUGAAGAAAAUCAAUAUGAUUGCUGGUGGAACGGGCAUUGCGCCCAUGUUGCAACUUAUCAGACACAUUUGCCAAGACCCUGAAGAUAACACGGAAAUAAAACUCCUGUUCGCAAACCAGACUGAAGAUGAUAUAUUACUGAGGAAUGAAUUGGAACAAUAUCAAAGGGAGCAUCCUGAACAAUUCAGCCUGUGGUACACAGUUGACAGGCCUACAGAGGGUUGGACCUACAGCUCAGGCUUCAUAAACGACGAAAUGGUCCGCGACCAUUUGUUCCCGCCCGCCGAUGACGUCAUUGUACUAAUGUGUGGCCCACCGCCGAUGAUCAACCACGCUUGCAAUCCAGCGCUCGAUAAAUUGAAUUACAAUAAAGAUUUGCGUUUCGCCUACUAAGCGGAACUCAGAUUAGAAAAAAUAUCAACUACCUCCAUUGUUUUAAAAUGGAAUUAUAUUUUUUUAUUUAUUAACUAAUUAUUAUUGUUGUAUAAAUGUUUUAUUGUACGAACAAAUUUGUAUCGUGUUGACUUAAAACGAGGGCCGAUAAAGGUGACAAUGUUUUACCGUAAUUUUUUGAAUCGUUGUUUUACAACUUGUUAUUGCAUAUUAAUAUUGGUUGUGAGACGUGAAAGAGACUAUUGUGUUAAUGUCUUGAUGGUUCGUAAGUGAUUGAAUGUUACACGGUACAUUUAUAGAAUUUUAAUAAAAUAUAUAUGUUUGGUAAAAUUUAUAA